UUUCUCAAAUCCUGAAAAUAAACUAUGAAUUGGAGAUCCCUGGAACAUAUUGGCCCUUAAAAAUCCCCCUUUCUCUCCAGCCCCUUUCAGUAUUCUCUUUACCCAGCAACAGAGAAUGUCAGCUCUAUAAUUUCUCUCAUUGGUUGAGCCUAGCCAAGCUGUUUUCUCUCCACCCCUUUUGGCCAUUUUAGAGUAAUACAAGUCUACAAUUUCAGAGCUCUUGCCACUCUACCCCAGUUCCUCUUCACUGUUUCUGUGCUUAGAGUGGUCAUUAUACCUCACAACGUGCAUCCUGAAGAGAGAAUGUUCCAGAUCAAAGAUAUAAUCCUGAGAGCCCUCGCCCUGACUUCCCUGCUGAGUCUCCAAAGAGCUGGAGCUAUCAAGGCAGACCAUGUGUCAACUUAUGCCAUAUUUAUACAGACUCAUAGUCCAUCAGGGGAGUAUAUGUUUGAGUUUGAUGAAGAUGAGAUGUUCUACGUGGAUCUGGACAAGAAGGAGACUGUCUGGCAUCUGCCAGAGUUUGGCCAAGCCUUCUUCUUUGACGCUCAGGCUGGACCGACCUACAUUGCUUCAUUGAAGACGCUCUUGAAUUACAUGAUCCAACUUUCCAACCACACCCAAGCCACCAAUGAGGCCCCCGAGGUGACUGUGUUUCCUAAGGAGCCUGUGCAGCUGGGCCAGCCCAACACCCUCAUCUGCCAUGUCGACAAGUUCUUCCCUCCAGUGCUCAAUGUCACGUGGCUACGCAACGGGCAGACAGUCAUUGAGGGUGUUGGUGAGAGCAUCUUCCUGCCCAGAACAGAUUACAACUUCUACAAAUUCCACUACCUGACCUUCAUGCCCUCAGCAGAGGAUGUCUAUGACUGCAAGGUGGAGCACUGGGGCUUGGAGAAGCCGCUCCUCAAGCACUGGGAGGCCCAGGAGCCAAUCCAGAUUCCUGAGACGACGGAGACUGUGGUCUGUGCUCUAGGCCUGGCAGUGGGCCUGAUGGGCAUCAUUGCUGGCACUGUCUUCAUCAUAAAGGCUCUGCAUUCCAGUAGUGACCCUCGGGACCGGGGGCCUCUGUGA